GUGUACGAUACGAAAACAGAGUUAAUUAUAUUUAUUUUUUAUACAUAACUCAAAUCUUAACAAAAUUCAAUUUUAAGCCUCUAACACGCUGAAUUUUUAAUCUAGAAAUCAAACUACUUCCGUUAAACAAAACCAAUCAAAUCUUUGUGAAAACCAAACAAAAACUACACUUCAAGAUUGUAAGAAAGUAACAGACUUAACAUUAGUGCACACGAGUUAGAUUAACUCCUUCAGAACUGCUUUUGUAAUUGUUUAUGAGCAUCACCAUGCGUCAAAAAGAUCUGCGCCCAGCCCCGGCUCUAAUUGAGUACAAGGGCAUGAAGUUCCUAAUCACCGAUCGACCAUCAGACAUAACAAUUAAUCAUUACAUUAUGGAGCUAAAAAAGAACAAUGUCAACACUGUGGUCCGUGUGUGCGAGCCAAGCUAUAAUACCGACGAGCUCGAGACACAAGGCAUUACUGUCAAGGACCUGGCCUUUGAGGACGGCACGUUUCCUCCUCAGAAUGUCGUUGACGAGUGGUUUGAGGUCUUAAAGGAUAAAUAUCAACAAAAUCCGGAGGCUUGCGUUGCCGUUCAUUGUGUUGCUGGUUUGGGAAGAGCUCCGGUUCUAGUUGCCUUGGCACUGAUUGAAUUGGGCUUAAAAUACGAGGCAGCUGUGGAAAUGAUUAGAGAUAAACGACGUGGCGCCAUCAAUGCCAAGCAGCUAUCCUUUUUGGAAAAAUAUAAGCCAAAGGCGCGACUAAAGCACAAAAAUGGCCAUAAGAAUUCAUGUUCUGUGCAAUAGAUUUCCAAAACCAUAUGUAUAUUCCCACCAGAUAAAAAGUGUUCAUUUUUUCAAAAACAAAAAAAAAGCAAGUGGAUAGAAAAGAACGUAAAGAAAUAUGAUUUGAUAGGCAACAAAACGAGAAUUGCAAAUUAUCACGUACCACAGAGAAUCCAAAAAACCAAUCACAGCCCCAGUAAUUCUUAAACUUAAAAACUCAAAUUUAAAUGUAUUGGUAUUAAUUUUGUAAUUUGUAUGUAUUAAUUAAUGUAAAUUAUUGUUAUUUUACGAUUCGAUUCAGCCACCCCAAACCAAACUAAAAAGAGUUUAAUUUUUGUACCUACAGCAUAUAUAGACCGACUUAUACGCAUACAUUUAAUUUUGAGCAGCCGAAUACCCCAUUAAAUGGUUGUAAAAGGCUCGUCAAAAUAGUUAAAAGCUGUUGUUCUACAUUAAAAUGUUCUGGAAUUAACAAACAACAAAUUAAGCGUACAACAGAAAACCAUCAAGCAAAGAAUAUUAUUAAAACUAAUAACUAGAUGAAAAAAGUGUAUGGUGUAAAAAUCUACUACUUAACAGUCAUAUUCUAAAAACGGAAAAAUGUACUUAAUCGCAUAUUAGUUUGGAGCUGCUUAGCCUCCUAAAGAUCUGCUUUAAUUAUAUUUUACUGUUUACAAUUUUUUUAUACUGUCAACACAUUUUAGCUAUCAACAAAGCAAGACUUUUUUAUAUGCUAAAUACAUUGCUUAUUUGACCACUACAAUACCAAUACCAAUCAGCCUCGCACAUGCAUGAAUACUUUGGCAUGUAUGUGCGACUUAAUGAUAUAUAUCUAUAUAUAUAAUUUAAUAUAUAUUUAUAUGUAUUAUACAACUGCAACGUUUUACAUUAAUGACUACAUACAUUCAAAGUCAACAAGCAAGCAAGUAGUAAUCAAGAAAAUAAGAAAUAUUUCAAACCAGCAGGAACAACAAAAAAAAAAUACAAAAAUUGAGAAAAUGAACAUGAAAAAAAUUUAACCUUAUUGUAAACAACAAAUUAUAGUGACAAGGAGACGAUGAAGAAGCACGAAGAAAAAAACACAAGCCGAAAAUAAAAACAAAUAUAAUGCUUACAAAAUAA